AUGCCAUCCAACAUCCAGGUCUUCGUGAAAUGGAAGGACCAAACAAUCUUUGCAGGGGAGGACGUGGAAUGUACUAUCACAUUCAAAAAUAUAGCAGAGGUCAGGCCUGAUGCCAGCUCUGCUGAGAACCAGCAUCAUCGCAAGCCGUCUCGAGUCGCCAACCAUUCCAGCAACAAUAACUCCGACUCCUUCUUUGGCUUCAAGUCGCCCCAAAGACUCUUUUCAGAUCGACGAUCCUUCUCGAUUGGCUCUCCAAGACGGCCACCUGCCCACCGAACUGCUUCAUCCCUGAGCUCCCCACUCGUCACCUCUCAGAGCUUCCCGCCCGCCGGGAGCCCCUCCUCCACCCCUCGAAGCUGGCAGCCUGGACACAGCAAUAAACGAUCGGUAUCAAUUCUUUCAAUUGAUAGUGAAGGUCAGCCGGAUAAAUCAUCUUCGCCGCACUUGAGUCGGGGCAAACCUGCAAGGAGCCAUGGGCGCUCAAGCAGUCUCCAAAUCGUCCCCAGGAGGCAUGAUAGCUAUGAUGAUUCAUAUAAAAAAGCGGCCAGGGCUCCCAUGCGUGGUCUGCCACUGAGGGAGUCUGACGAAUCUCCCCCUGGGAAGCUACGAGUUGACACCAACGAUCUAGGAGGCACAAGUCGUCCUGUAUCCAUUGCAGAAAGCCCUGUGGAUCCAAAAGAGCCGUUACGCCCUGCACGAAGACCUCCGCUACCUUCCUUUGAUUUCAAGUUCCCGACCACUCCAAACCAACCCAAUCACCCCGCCCCGUCCCCCUCGCCCAAAUCCGCACGACUCCCAUCACCAGGGAAAAUCCCGCGGAGAGAUGCUUCAGGGUUGGGGCCACCAUCGCAUCAACAGGUCACGCGCAUUAUAUCGGCCACCAGUGUGAAUGGAAGCAGCCGAAGCAGUGGCGAGUUCUACUCGGUCAGUGAUCAGUCGACAGAGACAUUGGCAUCUGAAUAUACAAAUUACUCGGCACAGGGAGGACAUGCACCGUCUCCUGUCCGACAUGCGCGACAUCACUCGAGUAUAGUGCCUUCCAUUUCUAAGUCCGCAGACAGCCAAGCGCUGCUGAUGGGCUACGCACAGAUUAGUGCAUCAUUUACAGUCGACGGCUCCUUGGUCGACCAGUCUGUUUUUGAUGAAGUCAAACGCAAGGGAGUGGUUGGUGGCCAAGCAGGCACAGGUGGGCUCCCAGGGCGACAGAGCUCCGCCAGUGCUGAGCGUUCUCGCAAAGGAGGGGGAUUUUGGGGUGCGCUCAAGUGGAACGCCAUUGAGGAAUCCAUCAACGGUCUCUUAUCGAAUAACGAACUCGAUGGUCUCCGCGACAUGCGCGGAGUUGCUUCGUCCCGCUCAAUCCCGCUGCUUUCCACUCCACAGUCUCUCCUUUUUGUUGACCUGCGACUGGCACCGGGGGAAGAACAGUCUUAUUCCUUUUCAUUCUCCCUUCCAAGAGGACUCCCGGCGAGUCAUAAAGGGAAAGCUAUCAAAAUAUCUUACAACCUAGUGAUUGGAACGCAGAGGCCUAGUGCGCCUAACGAUACUCAGCGGGUCAACCGCGUCAACAUCCCCUUCCGUGUAUAUAGCGGAGUAAAUGACAAUGGCGAUGUCUUGGGUCAUGAUUUAAUGUCUCCGUAUGUGCUUCUGCGUGACGAAGCCAAGGUCCAAAAGGUUGGACCCAACACUUCGGUAGUUGCGAAACCCCAAAGCCUGAGUGGACUUUGGAAUUCAGCGGGGGAUUUCAUUUCAUACGUAGAUGAAAUUCUUGAGCAGCGUGCACGCUCCAAUUCUCUCUUUCCUCCGGGUACUCUCCCAGAGCGCCGAGCAAGCUACGACGGUCCCCGUCAGGCGCUGUCCUGCAAGGAUAUCAUCGACAUGGCAAUUCUUCGCAGUAAUCAAGCACCUCAAUCAUCGCGACGCAGUCCCAAUAGAUUUGAGAUUGCGCGCGAUGGCAAACGCAUUGCUGUUGUCGUCCUGAACCGUCCUGUACACCGAAUUGGCGAAACCAUCAUUGCUACAGUGGAUUUCGGCAAUGCUGCCAUCCCAUGUUAUGCUGUGCGAGCUUCAUUGGAAACGUCUGAGAAAGUCGUGCCCACUCUGGCUGUUCGAUCAAACGCCAGUAUCCACCGAACUACCCGUCGCAUUCAUGCAUCCUUGUUUGAAAAUACCCUUUAUGCCACCCGUGUGGUUUUCAGUCCUGCUAUACCUAUUACUGCAACCCCGACUAUUCUCACCAGUGGCGUCACCCUUGAUUGGGACCUGCGUUUCGAGUUCGUGACUCCGAACCUGCUCAAUGAGAAUGGUCCUGGGCCUUCGGGUGUAAACCUGCUUGAGUCCAUAUCCUCUGAUGAUCGUGGCAAAGUCCUUUCUGCCUUGGAGCAUUUGGGCUGUGAAUCAUUCGAAAUUUCCAUCCCGCUGACUGUCUACGGCGAGAGUGUCCGGGAACCAUUGCCAGAAGAGAACGACGGGUACGCUAUUUGA